AUGCCCUCUCUCACAGUAGCAGUCGCCCAAUCCCGCACACACAAGUCCCUAACCGAAACCCUCCGCGCUCUUGAACGAACAACAGCCCUCGCCGCCCGCCGGGGAGUCCACCUCCUCCUUUUCCCGGAAGCCUAUCUAGGCGGAUACCCGCGGACAUGCACCUUCGGCUCUGCGGUGGGAAGUCGAGACCCGCGCGGCCGGGAUCAAUUCCUCGCAUACUUCAAAGCAGCCGUUGAUCUAGGUGACACACCGGCUGGGGCCGGGGAUGAGUGGAUUGAUCGCAGGCUGGAGAUUGCGGAAGGAAAGAGGUUCCGGGGGGAUGGGACGAGGGAGUUUCUUGAGCGUGUUGCGAGGGAGACUGGGGUCUUUAUCGUUACGGGGCUGGUGGAGAGAGCCGGUGGCAGUUUGUAUUGUGCCGUUGUUUAUGUUGAUCCUGUUAGAGGUGUUUUGGGGAAGAGGAGGAAGGUUAUGCCGACGGCCGCUGAACGCAUGAUCUGGGCCCAGGGUUCCCCCUCAACCCUCCGCGCCGUCACAACAACCCUAAACGGUAUCCCACUAACCAUAGCUUCAGCAAUCUGCUGGGAGAACUACAUGCCCCUCCUACGUCAGAGCCUGUACUCCCAGAACGUCAAUAUCUAUCUCGCUCCUACGGCUGACGCCCGCUCUACCUGGCUCCCGCUCAUGCGCACCGUCGGUAUGGAAGGCCGCUGUUUCGUGCUCUCGGCGAACCAGUGCGUGCGCGGCUCCGAGCUGCCGGAGUGGAUUACCGGUGGGAAUACCGGUGCAAGCCCGAAUCGAAAUCCAAAUCCAAACCCUCCUGCGGGUAAAUCGCAGCAUCCUGAAAGGAAACUGUCCAUCACCGCUGAGGGUCCCCAUGAGAUUGUCUGGCCACAGGCUCACUGUGAAUCCCAGGAUCAGCGGGGUCAGCUGGAAAAUCCCUCCAUGCCGAGUAAUAAGCAUCCUCUGGCUCCCUCGGAGUCCGUAUUGGAUUACGUCUGUCGUGGUGGAAGUUGUAUCGUCUCGCCGCUUGGAGAGGUUCUUGCCGGUCCGUUGUGGGAAGUUUGCACGGAUGACGUGCCGGAUAGUAGCGAUGCUGCUGUGACUGAUUCCGCACCUGGCACGUCGGCUAGUGAGUCUAACCCUGCUGUUGCAGCCGGUGAUGGGUUGGCUAUCGCGCGCAUUGAUAUGGAUGAUUGUGAGCGUGGACGACUGGAUCUUGAUGUUGCUGGGAGUUAUUCACGGAGUGAUGCGUUUAGAUUCGAGGUUGAGGGGUUGGAUCUGGCGCCGCCGCCUUUGUAG